AUGACAGCACCCCACGCCCACGGGAACAGCUCUCUUACCGCCAUGAUGGAGGAUCCGUUCGUCUCGACCUCGGGCCAGCCCGCUGCCCCUCGUGAAUCGCACCGAUAUUCGUCAUUCGACACGCAACUCUUCAGUCUCAAUGCUUCUUCGCCUGCACAGGCCAAACGGGCCCUUGAGGCUCAUCUGGCGGAGACCGAGCGUCGAUUGGAGGAAGCGUCUAAGUUGGGAACGGCGCUCAUCGAGCAGCAGCGAGAACUCACGGAACAGCUGAAGGAAGUGGAGCAGCAGCAAGAUGAGGGUGAAAUGGGACCGGAACUGCGACAGCGACUUGCCGACCUGGAACAGGAGUAUAAUGAGAUUGGUCGGGAAACCGCUCGUGCCUUUUUAGCUCCGAAGCGGUUGGCAGGUGGCUCGGAGGAUCCCCAACCGGGUACUCCAGGGUUCGAUCAAAAGUCUCCCCUCAGUUCCGCUCUCUUUGCAAGCCAAGCAACCAAUUCUCCCAGCAAAGUCAGCGUUCCCUCCCGCAAGCAGCGCAACCAACCCUCCAGCCGUGUGCACGACAUUGAGUUCGCCACUGAGAUUUCGACCUCCCUUCUUGCCCAAGUCCGUCAAUUACAGGCCCUUCUGGCUGAGCGAGAGGAGACUCUCAAGUCAGUCAACCUAGAGAAGUCGCGGUUGGAAAUCGAAGCAGAGGGCUACUCUCAGCGCAUCCGUGCACUUGAUGACAGCGAGCAACGCUACAAGGAUGAGAACUGGGCUCUGGAGACGCAGACCCACGAGCUCAUGGCAGCUGUCAAAGAUGCCGUGGAGCGUGAGAAGAGACUCAACAGCAGCCUGGGUACCGCGAACUCGGAAAAGAACGCUGUCGAAAGGGAAGUAGAGGAGCUGAGACAAGCUAAUUCCAAGCUGUUGGAGGAGCAAGCAAUUGCCCAGAAGGCGAAUGACUCUGAAAUUCACUUGCUACGUCGGAACUUGACUGCCGGUGAUGCAGAGAAGCUUGCACUUCAGAAGAAGCUUGAGGAACUGACCGGCCAGAACCAAGAGCUGGCGAAGGCGGUUGCAAUGCGAAUCCGACAGUAUGAAUCCCAAGGAUCCCGAGCUAUGCCCGACGAUCAGGACGACGAAGAGGCAGAGCAAAUUACGCCCGAAAGCUCUCCCCCUCCGUCUCCCAACAAGUUCACCCCUCGGCAUAAUCAUCUGGAGUCUGAAACCCUCAAGAGCUCUCUUGGUCAUGCUCAUCGUAUGAUCCAGAACCUCAAGAGCACCAUCCAUCGCGAGAAGACCGAGAAGAUUGAGCUUAAGCGCAUGCUGCAAGAAGCCCGCGACGAGGUUGAACAGCGUCGUCGCGAGAACAAUGCUCCCAACGCGUCUACCAAGCGCCUGAAGACCAAGGAUAAUUCUUUCCGCAAGCCUGCUCGCCCGGAUCUUCUGGGCGCUGGCCGCAAGGAAAAGUCUUCAGUUGAGCUGGAGAUCCACGACACUGAUUGGGAAGACAAUGCGGGCCAGGGCAGCCCCACUCGGUCCGUCAUGGGCGGUUCAGCUGCUAAGAGCAGUUCUGGAGCCAUGUCCCCUCCUGAUGAGCCUAGUGAUGUCUACCAGACUGCUACUGAAGCCGAAGAUGGAUUUGAGACUGCAAAUGAACGCGCAACGGCAACCGAGAGUGAAGCUUUCCAGACUGGCGUGGAAAGCAUGGCCGAUGACAGCAGCGACGACUCUGCGGAUCUGACAGAGACCGAGAACAAUGUCCAGACAACUCCUCGCACUCGUCGUGUUCCCUCUCUUAUGAUGUCCAAGGCCCGCGAUCGUAACUCCUAUCACAGCACGGCGUCUGCCACAUCUGACGAGGAUGAGACAGACAGCGGCUUCCCAUCCCCCAGUCAAACUCAUAUCUCUGGCCGUCGGGUUAGGUCGAAGCGAAGCGUUCUUCGACGGAUUCGCCCCUCUGGAGAGGCCCCGAUGGCCUCUAGCAGUCGUCCAUCUAGCUCUCGUAACUCCCCAGCGCCAAGCUUCGAACAGCAGCAGCCCGUGGCUAGAGAGGGCCAGAGCCUCUUUGCGGAACUUGCUGAGCUGGAGGGUGGCGAUGAUGAAGAGGAAGACGUUGCAGGUGUUAAUUCCCAGGCCUCGACGCCGCGGAUGGGUCCUUCAUCGGACUCUCGCAGGCCCUCUGAGAUCAUGCUUGACUCGCUGCCCAAGCCCGUCAUGGUGGAUUCUGGUAUGAUGACCGAGCCUUGGGAGCCUAGCACUCCCGUUGCUGCCGUAGCCGGAGCUGCCAUUGCGGGAGCCGCCGUUGCUGGCGCUGCUGGAGCUGCUGUCUCCGCCCUGUCCGAGGCCCCAACUACGCCUCAGAGAAGCGUCGACCGUGAGAUCACUUCGGAAGGUGAGGAGACACCCAAGCUGGUCAGCUCUGGUACCCAGUGGACACCACUCAAGCCGGUUACUGGAGAUAACGAUCACCUGGCCAAUGUUCCCACGCCACCAAAGAUGGCCUGGGACGAGCGUGCAGUGGAAACCCAGCUGGUCGAGGCCAGUACUCAAGCCGAGCCGGCGGAGAUGGGCAUUGCCACUAUCUCUUCUCAAGAAACUCUUCCCACCGCGCCUAGCUGGCCACAGCUAGCCAUUUCUUACCUCCCCGGUGGCUUCACGGAGCCCGUGGCUCACGAGCUUCCUGCCCCUGAGGUCCCAGAGAUGAGCUUCUCCUCGAUCGAGUCGCAGUCAACCGAGCCUGUGCAGGCUAUCAUCCCCGAGCCAGAGCCGGUGGUUCCUAUCGAGCCUGUUCGGGAGCUUCCAGAGUUGACCUUGUCUUCUCAUUUCAUCCAUUUCACCGAGCCCAUCCAGGCCCAGCUUCCCGAGCCCGAACCUCAACCAGAACCCGUUGUGGCCGAAAUGGCAGUGUCGGCUAUUUCCUCGCAGCAUACCGAACCAGUGAAGGCCGAGCCUGCUCCUGCGCCGGAACCGAUCAUAAUUCCUGCGCCUAUCCCAGAGCCAGUCCUCCUAGAUCUUUCGAUCUCGCUUCUGGACCCAUCAUUCACAGAGCCCGUGAAGGCGGUGCCUGCUCCAGCGCCAGAGCCAAUUGUGAUUCCCGCGCCUGUACCAGAACCGGUUCUCCCAGAUUUGUCUAUCUCUCUGCUUGAGCCUGCGGUCACAGAACCGGUGAAGGCCGAGCCAGCUCCCCCGCCAGAGCCGAUCAUUAUUCCUGCGCCCGUGCCAGAACCGAUCAUUCCAGAUCUGACAAUUUCUCUACUGGAUCCAGCUGUUACUGAGCCAGUGAAGGCUGAGCCUGCUCCUGCGCCAGAACCAAUCAUCAUUCCCGCGCCUGUACCGGAGCCAAUUAUCCCUGAUCUGACGAUCUCUUUGUUGAAUCCAGCAUUCACAGAGCCUGUCAUUCCCAGGGUGGUUGAAGUCCCUCCUCUGCCAGUGCCUUCCAUCUUCACCCUGCCCUCCGUUGAAACACAGCCAGUGCGGUCUGUAGUACGCACCAUUCCUUCUACGAGUGACUUUGCAAUUCAAACAGAUCCGGUCGAGGAGCCAAAGGCUGCUGUGGCUGCCGUGGUCAUUCACGAAGAUGAACAAGAUAGAUCUGUCGAUGCCGCUCGUGAAAUUUCUGGUAUCGACACCAGUGAGCGGCGCACAAGCACUGGUCUGGCCUUGAGUGAUAUUUCUGGCAACGCUUUGCUGCCUCAGUCAGACAGACAGCUACCCAGCUUCGUCAGCUCGGACCAAGGAUCUCAGACGAUUCUCUCUUCGAAGCAAAUCGACCAGAUUCUCAUGGAUCGGGACUCUGCCCGGCCGGUGUCUUCUGCAGACAGCAGGCAAGGAAUGGAGAUGGCCGCACUUGGAGCCGCUGCAGGAGCUGCUGCAGGAGUUGCUGCCGCGUCUCCCUUCGCCACUCCCAAGAUUCGACCUCGCCUGCAAGCACAAUCAUCGGCCAGAUCUGGAGCGUCAAGCCAAAGACGUCCUGACACUGCUACUAGCCAGACUUCUGCUCUCAGUGUCCACCCGCCAUUGCCCGCUGACCAUCGUGAAGCCAUUGCGGCCGCCGAGAAGAGGUCCAUUGAUAUCCCUCCCCCUACUCCUUCACCCGGCACGAUGGGACCUCCUCUGGCACCCGCUUCAGCUUAUCGUGUGAACGUACACACUGCCCCGCGCACACCAAACGACCAGAGCACAGGACCUGGGUCUGCACGGACUGUUUCUACCCAGGCUCGCAUGAGGAGAGGAAGCCAGAGCCAAAUGUCAAGGCGGUCGUCGGUGUCGUCUUUCGCGUCCGAACUCGAGGAGCGGUUCAACAUGAACCCCUAUGCUGGACCAGUGCCUCAUGGCUAUGGCGCCAACACCGACCCGCGCAUGAUCCAAGCCAUCACUCAGACCAUGAUCGGCGAAUUCUUGUGGAAAUACACCCGCAAGACUGGUUCUUCCGAUAUGUCGUCUACACGUCACCGACGCUACUUCUGGGUUCAUCCGUAUACACGCACGUUAUACUGGAGUGAACAUGACCCGCAGACUGCGGGCAAGUCUCAGCUUCGCACCAAGAGUGUACCUAUCGAAGCUGUACGAGUGAUUGUGGAUGAUAACCCGUACCCUCCCGGUCUGCACUGCCGAAGCUUGGAGGUUGUCAGCCCUGGUCGCAAGGUCCGCUUCACAGCCACGACAAGCCAGCGACACGAAACCUGGUACAAUGCAUUGGCGUAUCUACUCCUUCGAGAGGUCAACGAGAACGCCGAAGAUGCCAAUAGCGUAACUCUGGAUGACAUUGACGAGUUUAACCCUGGCUUCCGGUCCUCCUCUCGCCAGACUGCCCGCGUGUCAGUAUCUUCAUACAACAGCCGCACUCUUCGCCAGCCACCCAAGCAACAGCGUGCGGCCUCAGCCAUGUCUAUGCGUUCGACUGGAGGAACUCCUGGGCGUGCAUCUCCUGCUCUGAGCACUUCGGGGCAGAAUUCUUCGUUGCAAGUUCCCGAAGACUCUCAACAGCGGUCCUCAUCUCGUCUCAGCACGAUCCUGAACAGCUCGAUCCGCGGAUCGAUCGCCAGUCUGAAGGGACGCCAUGGCGCGGCUAGUCUUCAUGACGAGAGCAUCCGCGACCAACCUAGCAUUGAGAACCUUGCACACAGUCACGAUGAUGAAGAUCGACUCGAGAAUGUCCGCGCCUGUUGCGAUGGCAAGCACGAUGUCGGUUCGCUGUCACGCAACAGUCGGUACAGCCCGAGAGUCGAUCGCAUCCACUCCCACCACUAA